AACGCAUAGCCCUCCCGCUCCGCCGCCGCCAUCCUCCCGUCCUCAACCCCCUCAUCGCCGCUGCCGUCGACUCCAAUCGCAAUUCCAAGUUCCCAACCUCGUCGAGAUAUCGCUCCGGUCGGAAGCACCAGGGCGGCUUCAGGAUGUCCGGCGAGGAGGAGGAGAACGCCGCGGAGCUCAAGAUCGGCGAAGAGUUUCUCAAGGCCAAGUGCCUGAUGAACUGCGAGGUGGCGAUCAUCCUGGAGCACAAGUACGAGCAGAUCCAGCAGCACUCGUCGGAGUCGGACCCGUCGUCGCAGGUGUCGCAGGUGUUCGAGAAGUCGCUGCAGUACGUGAAGCGCUUCAGCCGCUACAAGAACCCCGACGCCGUGCGCCAGGUCCGCGAGACGCUCAGCCGCUACGGACUCGCCGAGUUCGAGCUCUGCACGCUCGGCAACCUCUGCCCCGACACCAGCGGCGAGGCCACCGCGCUCGUCCCGUCCCUCAAGUCCGGCGGCAGGUUCGUCGGAGACGCCAGGGACGAGAAGAUCGAGAAGAUGCUCAACGACCUCUCCCUCAUCAAGAAGUUCGAGUAGAGUAGCGCCCAGGGUCCGUGCCUUCUCUUCGAAUAUCAUCGAGAGACAAUUCAGGUUCAUGUUCAUGUUAGCUUGAUGUGCUAUUCGAUUUUCAUCAUGAUGUAUUGAUGGAUCCUUGAUGUAUUGAUGGAACCUUGUUGGCGAUAAUUCAAGUUAAUACUAAUAUAUGUGUGUGUGGUUGAUAAUAUAUGUGUGGUUGAUGAA